GCACAAAGGUCACUGUUGAGAAAAGGAGAGGACUCAUUUGUCCCUGACUGUCACGAAGAAACAAAGCCACUGAGUAGAAGGGGAGAGGAGACACCAGUGAUUACCAUGGUGGCCGUCACAGAAAUCCAGAAGAUAGGUAUUGGUCUGAUGGGAUUCGGUGUAUUUUUCCUGCUCUUUGGUGUGGUGCUGUAUUUUGACUCUGUGUUGCUGGGCUUUGGGAAUAUUCUGUUUCUGACUGGUUUGACGUUCAUUAUCGGCUUCAAAAGGACAGCCCACUUCUUCUUCCAAAGACAAAAGUUUCGGGGUUCUUUGUUUUUCCUGGGAGGUGUUUCUCUGGUUCUGUGCCGGUGGCCAAUCAUUGGAAUGCUGGUGGAGAGUUAUGGCUUUGUGGUUCUAUUCAGGUCUUUCUUCCCCAUGGCCUUGGGGUUUUUGCUGUCAGCUGUGAAUAUCCCUUUCCUCAGUGCAUUUUUCCCCAGCAGCUCCUCCAUGGUCUGAGCAGAAGAACACGUUGCAGCAGGGAAAAGAGUGCUGGAAGCCAUUUGACUGAUUCUGGGUGGGCAGAGGGGGAGAACUGCUCCAUAACUGAAUAAGGUAUUCACAGGUCCAUACAAUUGUGCCCAGAUCCAAAAAUACCCAGAUAUGUACUUAUCUGACACCAAACCUGACAUGUCUAAUGUUUGAAAGCUGGGACCUGGACCAAUGCCGAACAGAGAAAUGUAGGACCCAAGUCUGAACAGACGCUUGAGACACAGACCCGAUUGAAACCAAUUUCACAUCUGAUUGCAAUAACAAGUUAACAUUGAUUUACAAGUUGCCAAAACAAAACUUUGUGUAAAAUUAGUAGCCUUCUCCCCUAUGUCUGGCCAUCCUCCUUAACAAGAAAGUUAGGGUAAAUAAAUAUUUAUUUCUUGCUGAUUGAAACAGUAUGGCAAAUGCACUAGUUAUUUGAGCUUUAAUGUCCACUUGGUGUCAUGGUGACAGAUCAUGACAAUCAGGUUUGCAGUUUUAUUGCAUCUAGAGACUGUCCUUCCCUGAAAAAUGACUAUAUAAGUCGUUUUCUUCAAUUACGAAAUAUAUCUAGGCUUGUAGUAAAGUAGGUAGUAAGGGGACAAAGAAUAGGAGCGCCAAAUUGCCACGUGAUGAGGUGGGCUUGGGUGGUGGAUGUGUCAAACAACCAGGACUUUCACCCAGGAGUCUGAGGUUCAAGUCCCGUUUUAAAAUAAAAGUGUAAUAAACAGACCCAGGACCUGUAGUAAUAGAACGGGACCCAAUAGUCCUUAUAAACCAUGGAUACAAACCCAUAUGGGUCUCGGUUCGGGUCUCCGGAUUUUAGGGUUUGGAGGACCUGUGAAGACCUCUAAUGUAUUUAUUUUGCGGGUGACCGGUGAAAAUAAUUUAUUUUUUACAAUGUGCUGUAUUUUGUACUGUGUAAGGUUACAAUCAAAUAAGCUGCUUAAAAGCUACACCACCUUAGAACCUUAAAUAUUGCAGUUGUACAGAAUGUUUACAAUCUGAUUUUACAAUGAUUAACUGUUUCAUUUAAGCUUGUUAAUGUUGUUUUGUUAAAUUAAGAAAAACUUUC